GCUGUCCCUUAGUGCCGUUCUUUCGUUGACUGUUUCUUGCUGAUCUUGUCACACACUUGUUGUGUACUUCGGACAUACAUACUUUACCUUCCUUUUCGAUACCAUGAUGAGCCAAACACGCCUCUCGGCGGCCGUACUGGCUCUCGCCGUUGGUUCGGCGAGGGCAAGCUCAAUCCUCUAUGUGACCGACAUGCCUGCGUACGAAGCUCUGGCACCAUGCGCCCAGUCGGCCCUCAAAUACAACGUCCAGUCGCAAACCUACGACGCAUGUCCCGAAGCCGUAUCGGAACUCCAGUCAUGUGUUUGCACCAAGAACAACAAUUUCAGAUCCAUCUCGUCCCAGAUUUCCUCCUCGAUUAGCUCUUCGUGUGGAUCGACUGCCAGCGAGGACCACGCCUCGGCUCAGAGUAUUUUCAACGCCUACUGUGACCCAAGCGUAACAGUCUCGUUCCCGACUCCGACCGCUGUCAGUGUCUACAUCACGGAUAUCCCCGAGUACGACUACCUGGCACCAUGCGCGAAGAGCGCUGUCAGUUACGGGAUUGGAACGAUGACCUAUGACAAAUGCCCGACGGAUGCGCCUGCGCUGGCGAGCUGUGCCUGCAAGAAGAACCAAAACUCGCUCGUCGUCAGUCAGGAAAUCAACUCGUCGGCAAAGUAUUCAUGCUCCGGGCAAUCGGCCGAUGUCUCGUCGGCGCAGGCCAUUUUUGCUGCGUACUGCGCCAUGAACGACGGCACGACCAAGUUUCCUGUCCCAACCAAGCCCCCCGGCGACAUGACGUACUACAUCACGGAUCUGCCGGGGUACAGCUCUCUUGCCCCAUGCGCGGCGUCGGGGCUCCGUUACGCUGUUCAGUCUCAAAUGAACGACUUGUGUCCCAGUGGCCCACAGGCUCUUGCCUCGUGUGUGUGCCUCAAGGAGGGCAUGACCCUGGAGGUUCUGAAAGUGAUUACCUCGUCCGUCAAGUGGGAGUGCUCUUCGACCGCUACCGAAGAUGUCUCCUCCGCCGUUUCCGUUUUCAACUAUUACUGCAGCGCUGCUGAAGCAAAGGUGACGGCUGCUGGUGUUUCCAACUCGAUAGAGCAGACGUUCCCAGCGAGCCGUUCUAUUACCGACGGCCCGAAAGAGACGGGAAAUGGCAACAACGGUAACGGUGGCAACGACAACGACAACGGGGACGGCGGCGGAUCGGACGGCUCAACCGAAGGGGGCGACGACGAGGAUUCAGGCGGGUCCAACACGGCCGUCAUCGUCGGUGCUGUAGUUGGUGUCGUCGGCGGCCUUGGUCUGAUCGGAGCCAUUAUCUUCUUCGUGCUCCGGGCGAGGAAGAACCGGCCAGAUUCGCUGCGUAUCCCGGACAACGGACCCAACGACGUUCCUCUCGGCCCGUACGGCGGCAAGGCAGAACUGGCCAGUGACUCAGUCGCCGCGCCACGCCCUCCGAGCCCGUCCCCCAGCACACUCAAGGUCGGCGCCAUCCCUGGCCGCUCCAGCACAGUAUCGCCCGUCUCCGCCAAUACCACCGGCGCUUUUGCCCCGCCUCCGAACAACCAAGCCGAACUCAGCGGGCAGGCAGCGUUCUUCCCGCCCAUGCCCAACCGUCCCGAGCUGCACAAUCAACACACAGCCACGCCGCCGUCUCUCUCUCCAAACAGCCAGGGCCAGAGCGCCGGGUUUGCUGCUCCGUCACCAAACGCACCGGAACUCUAUGGCCAAGGCGCGCCGUCACCCAACCGGCCCGAGCUGCAAGGCCCAGGCGCCAUGGUCCUGCCAUCUCCACACGCCCCCGAGCUCUACGGCCAAGGUGCUCCUUCGCCUAACCGACCAGAACUCCAAGGCCAGGGCGCCAUGGCCCAACCAUCCCCGCACGCUCCUGAGCUCUACGGCCAAGGGGCGCCAGCGUCCAACCGGCCCGAGCUCCAGGGCCAGGGCGCCAUGUACGCCGCCACGCCGGCCAACAUGUCCGAACUGCAGGGCCAGGGCUCACAGUACCACAACGCCAACCCCAACCGACCGGAGCUGGCAGGCCAAUACAGCUACCCACCGCAGCAGCAGCAGCAGCAACAACAGUCCCCUUAUCAACAACAUCAACAAUACCCACCCCAACAAUCACCACACAUGCAGCCCUACUCACCCCAACACCCCCCCUACGACCAACAACAGCAACAACAACCACAACAGCACCAAUACCAAUACCAACAGCAGCAGCAACAGCAACCACAACAACAGCAACAAUACCCCUCCCCAACCCCGUCACCGCACCCCCCGCAGAUGCAACCGGGCUACCAGGCCUACAACCCGGCUGGUACACCGCCCCCCGGGGGUGUGUACGGUCAGCAGCAGCAGCAGCAGCCACAGGCGUCCUGGCAGGCGGGGCCGGUGCCGGAUUUGCAUGAGAUGGAUGAGGGGAGGGCGGGGAGGUGAUUGUUAUGAGGUGUGUGUAUGAAGUGCAGGUAUAUGAGGUGGAGGUAUGAGGUGUGUAUUGGAUUGGAGGUGGCUGCUUGGUGGGAUGGGAUGAUGGGAUGGGAUGGGAUGAUGGGAUGGGGGUGUGUGAAUAUUUGG